CGUAAUUCUACAGCCUACGAGCUUGAGCGACUUACGUUGUCGGAGCAUCCGAUUGUCAUGUCUGAAUACGGAACCCUCCUAGCAUCGAGCCGGCAAGGUCCAUCGUUCCCCCUUUUCUGACCUAGACGUCUGCUGGUCCCUCAGCAUUCAGUGUAUGAGCUAGAGCAAUGAGGCAUCUUCCGAGCCUCACACGGCUAGUUCUCCUGCCACUAGCCGCGUCGUCGUCGGGCGUCGACUAUCACAAACUUCCGACUGAUCCCGUAUUCCCCGGCCCUUGGGACCAGUACAUCAAGGCCCCGGCUAACAAAUCUUUUAUUACCCCCGCCCGCUUCUGGAAGGUCGAGGGAAAUGUCACGACGCCAAGUGUAGGUCUCGGGCUACGCGGCCUCGAACAUAGUUAUGACCGUGGUGUUCUGAUCGGCGAAGGCGGCUUGCUCACGGUCGAAUUCGAAGAGAAUAUUGGCGGGAGAGUUUGCUUUGAGGUUGUCUCUGUGCGUGAUGAGCCCAUACUUAAUCUCGCAUACUCCGAGUCGCCCUCCUUUGCCGGCAGGCAAUCCGAUGCCACCAACGAGGAUGAGUGGGACCUCCCCUUGCCGUUUCAUCUUGGGAACCGAACCGGUCCCUUGUGCGUCGGCCCGGAGUUUAAUAGAGGAGCCUUCAAAUACCUCACGUUGUAUAUCGACGACAUACCCGUCUUGGAGGCACUCGGCCGGCCAGACUCUGGCGCGGCUGCGGAGCAGGAAGUGCUGGGCCUCGGCCGCUCAAGCCCUCACGUGUCUGGGGAGAGGCAGCCGUACUCAAAGCCAUCUGUAGGCAUUGCCCAGAUCUGGGUUAAUUGCACCUCGUUUCCCUCCCAAAAGAACGGCCGAGCCUAUACAGGCUACUUUUACAGCUCCAGCGACUUACUGAAUAGGAUCUGGUAUGCCGGCGCCUACACCCUGCAGCUCUCGACCAUUGAUCCGUCCGAGGGCUCGGCGCUGAUCCCCGUCAACCGAUAUAUAGAUCACAACAUGUCACCUCCCGGAUCAUGGUACUCCAAUUUCACAGUUGCGAAGGGCACUGUCGUGACAACUGAUGGCGCCAAACGGGAUCGCCUCGUCUGGCCGGGCGACAUGUACAUCGCCAUCCCGGGGAUCGCCGUGUCGUCGUAUGACAUGCUCGCCGUGCGAAACGCGCUGAACGUCGUCUAUGAGCACCAAUACGAUGACGGGUCGCUUCCUUACGCUGGACCACCUCUAGGAUAUCGCGGUGAGUUUAGCGACACUUACCACCUACACACGCUGUUGGGGACGUAUGACUACGUUCUAUACUCGGGCGACAUCGCCUGGCUACGCAAGCGCUGGCCAGCAUACCAGAGGGCUCUCCGGGUCAGCGUCGCCAAAGUAGACAAGCGCUAUAAUCUCAUGCACGUGUCCUCUCCGCUGGACUGGAACCGUCACGGCAUGCAGGGCCACAACAUAGAGGCCAGCGCAAUCCUGCAUAUGGUGCUGACACGUUCCGUCGAGCUCGCUUCUUGGCUGUAUGAUAACGGCUACGACGCGCAGGCGAAAGAGGAGGAGUGGGUCCACGUCGCUCGGACUCUCGAGCUGGGCAUCCGGCAGCUAUACUGCGACGACACCGGGCUAUACUCAGACAACCUGUCAGACCGACGCUGUUCGGCGCGGGGCCGCGUCGAGCCGCAGGACGGCAACAGCUGGGCGCUGAUCGCGAAGAUGCACGGAAGGGGGUCGACGGUGCCGGCGAGAGUAAGCCGCGCGCUGCGGGCGCGGUGGAACGCAUUCGGCGCGCCGGCGCCCGAAUUCCCCAACGUCAUGUCGCCGUUCGCCUCGGCGUUUGAGCUACAGGCGCAUGGGGCCGCGGGCGACGCCGAUGCGGCUGUCGAACUCAUGCUGCUCAUGUGGGGCCAUCUGCUCAACGGUGAGGGAUUCACCAACAGCACCCUCGCCGAGGGCUUUCGCGUCGACGGCGACCCGCACUACCCAGCUUACCCGGUACCGAGCCGCAACAGCCAUGCUCACGGCUGGGCUGCUGGGCCGACGGCCGCCCUUUUCCGAGACGUCCUUGGCGUUAGACUUCUCGGCCCCGGCGGCGAGACGUGGCGAGUCCAGCCUGCGCUGACGAAGUGGCUGGGCUGGACGAGGGGCGGGUUCGCGGUCGGCCGUGGGGAUUUGGAGGUCAUGCUAUGGAGGGUGGUCCGCGUGGCCGAGGGUUCCGCGACGGCUACGAAGGGAGUUAUCGCCGUCGUCAGGGGGCCGGAAGGGACGCGAGGACGGUUUAGCUGGGGCGGGCUUCGGGGUGACGGUGGCGACGGCAAUGACUUCGUCGUAGAGAUGGGAGGCGGACAAACCCGAGCAUGGGUGAGGCUGGAGAGCGGGAACGGGAGCGACGAGAGGUUUGUUACCGAGGAACUCGACGUACCCGACAGAAUCUGGGAAUUGCGAGAAGGCGGCGAAACAUGGUAUAAGCAGAGGAUCCCGUACGGAGCGGACGAAGCGCUCGUGUACGACGACUCGUUCCAAGCGCCUGUCAUGGAGGAGAGGGGUCCUGGAGUGGUGAACUGGAAGGCGCUAACUGAAGGAUAUAUCGAUACUCGGAGUCGGUGGUGAGAGCGCAUGGACUACAGAUUACGAAUUCAGUAUGGCUAUUAUUCGAAGACUAGGAGCCAAAUCAAGUGAAUGUACUUGCCUGUUAGGACUGGCUAGCUCGUCUUACAGGCUCCGAUGCUAUGAACCGGAAUCUAGUAGUCCGUUCCCGUGGUUUGUAUUCUGGUAACAGAUAUGGCAAGUAGGCGAGGGUUGGGGAUAGCAUCCCACUUUCAUUGAAGCACGAUCCGGGAACGAAGCUGUACAUACCGAGAUUCAUACAGGUCCGAAACCGCCUAUCGAAAGUAUACUCACUGUGCAGAAGGGCAUAUCGGACCAAAAACAAAUUCGUGGUAGACAUAGUCUCCCUGUGACGUUGCAAUACGAACACACCAGGGUGCAAGCGAGGAGAUUGAGGUCAUC